AUGUAUAAUAGCUCACAACCUUCACGUUCUAUCAGCAGUUUUAAUUUCGAUCAAGGCAUCUUUUAUUCCGAAGUCAAUAACAUUUCCAUAACAGAAAGAAUGACAAAUUCCUUAGUUUUCCUUUUCGUAGGCUUUGCUACGUUAACGUCAAUUGUAAACGCACAAAAUCCGACGUGCCCCACUGGCGGUCCCGCCGCAUAUUGCAGUUGCUACGCCGAGAGCCCUGGAUUCAGGAUCGAAUGUGAUGGUGGUUAUGCAGAUCCCGAAGAAGUUAGACAGUAUCUGAUAUUCCACCAAUCGUACGGCCUCAUUGUUUCUUUGACCGUAAAAAACAUUAUGCAGAGUACGUUUAAUUACGUUCCAGACGAUUUUCUAGUGGGAAAUCAAGUUCCAAGCGUCUCUUUUAAAUGCGGUCACGGAUUCUCAGUCAAUCAAGGCAUUUUGGUGUUCAGCGUCCGCGCGUUCACCGACAGUUUCAACGAAUGUGGCCUCACAGGUGAUUUAACAUUUUCAAACUGCAAUCUCCGUCAGUUUGAUGCGGCCGUUCUAAACAAUUGCAACCGAUUAAACAAACUCGCUUUCAUGGACAGCCAUGUUGAAAGUCUCAUCGACAUUCCCACACUGAGGAGCUUGACAAAUUUCACGGUGUAUUCGCCAAGACAAUGGGCUGGUGCCAAUCAGAGAGGUCUUUCACGAAUGAGCUUAGCUCCAGGUGCAUCUCUUCCGCUUCUUACCUAUCUGGAUCUCACUGGAAACAGCCUAGACGAUGGCUCCAUCAGCUUUGUGGCUGAAGAAACAAUCAUUGAGGAGAUGCAUUUAGAAGGAAACAACUUCGCCUUCGUCCCUAAUUUGACUAGCGCUUUUAAUUUGCAUACGUUCUCCAUCGCGCUGAACGUGAGCUCAUCGACGCCCAUCCUGCUUCCCAAUCCGAGAUCGCAGUCACGGUCUCUAAACGCCAGUUUCUAUUCAAAUUUUAAAAUAAAAAACGAAGUUGCACUUCUAGAUGGAAUGUUUGGGCAAGACGCCAUCAAUCUCAAACUAAACAUGACAGAGUUCAGAGAGGAUGUAUUCUUCGAACAACUCAGCCAAUCAUCUGGUCUCAUCAUCAACCUGAACUCAGCUGCAAGGAUCUUGUGUAGCUGCUACAUUUCAUGGCUAUUGCGCGAUAAUCGAUCUCUACUCAAUCAAGUCAAGAAUGGAUUUUGCACAGAUGGACGUUCAUUCGAGUCGAUUCCAUUGGAAGAUUUCGCAUGCUGUGGGUCGGGAUCUUUGAUGAAACGCAUCGAGCGCCAGCAGAAAGAGAUUGAAAACCUGAAAGCUACCGUAAAUCAGCUAUUACAUUCCGAAGCACGUCAUGAUUUCUAG